AGGUAAUUUUGUACGUCGGCGUCGUGGUUUGGCGCCAGGCGAUUUCGCGGGGUAACAGCACAAGGAGACAGAGACAGAGGAAGGAAGCUGAGAUAUUAAACAAUAAAACGCUGGAUUUAAAAGGCGCAGACACCGGGGAGUGACGCGGACACAGCUGGUGAAAUCUCCGGCUUUGAUGCUGUGUCACUUGUGCCUCUCACAUCCCUCAUCCCGAACUCCUUUGCGCUCUGGAUACGGUGGAGGGUGAACGCAGCUUGACACAAAUCUCACUGAGGCCUUGAGGUGAGUAAUUAUGAUGGCGACGGCAGAGCCUCCAAGCAGCUCCAGCUUCCUCCCUCUGCUGGAGUCUCUGGAGGACAGUGCCGCUGGACAGUCCGAGCAGACAGACGCCUACCUCACCAUCGCCAAUCGGCUCAGCGGUGAGGAAGGCCGCCAGUUUCUUCCUGCAGUUGAAAAGCACUUUUCUCGUUUGGGUAAAGCCAUCUUGGCUCAUAUAACCAGUCCGAAUGCAGAGCUGAGCCAGGCUGCCCUGCAAGCUUUAGGGUUUUGUGUGUACCACUCUCAUGUCGUCUCUGGAGUGCCUGAAACUUUUGCAGCAGAAAUAAUAUCAGCACUUUGCUCUCUGGUGGUAAAGUCAACGGAUAAGAACACAUGCACCAGAGCAUUAUGGGUCAUCUCCAAGCAGAGCUUUCCUUCAGAUGUAGUUGGCAAAAAAGUGCCGUCUAUACUGGGAACUCUGGAGAGUGUGUGGAGCAGAGAGGACAUCCAGUCUGUAGUGAUGGAGCAUGAAGCCUUGAACGUUGUCAUCAGGAUGCUGGAGCAGGUGCCAGCACAGAUGGGCGACGGAGCAGUGCGGUGGGCGAAGCUAGUCAUUCCCCUGGUGGUCCACUCUGCGCCCAAGGUCCGUCUACGAGCAGCAGCGGCCAUGGAGUUGGGCAUGCCUCUGUUGCUGGAAAAACAGAUGGAGGUGGCUGCUAUCAUCGAACCAAUGAUGUCCACGAAACUGAUCCCAGAGCUGCAGAAGCUUUUCAUGUCCAAGAAUGAAACCAACGUCCUGAAGCUCUGGCCCUUAUUUGUGAAACUGCUAGGGAAGCUGCUGCACAGAGGAGGUCCCUUCAUCAACUCUCUGCUGCAUCUGGAGGAGCUUGGUUUCCGCAGCUCCUCUCCAACCAUCAAGAAGAUCGCCUUCAUCGCCUGGAAGAGCCUCAUAGAUAACUUUUCUCUCAAUCCAGACAUCCUGUGCAGUGCCAAACGUAUGAAGCUCCUUAUGCAGCCGCUCACAUCCAUCCACGUCAGGACAGAAGCCCUGCUGCUCACCAAGGUGGAGGUCUGGUGGUACCUGGUGGUCCAGCUGGGACCCAACCUGUCAUCCAACUUUGAUCAGGUUUCAGUGCCUCUGCUCCAGUGCACUAUUGGAUCUGACUCCUCUGCAGUCCCGGGCACUCCUUCUAGAGCCGUCGCUCAAAAUGGUGCUGCUCCACCUGGCACACCCAAAACUGGCACUCCAGGCUUCAACAGCCCAGCCAACACGUCUCGGAUGAGUCUGAACUCCAGUGUCCACGUCCCCGCCACCUUCCCCUCCACCCAGCUGCUGGGCCUGGAGAUGUUGCUCCACUACUUCCUGGGGCCAGAGGCUGUUGCUGCUGCAGCAAAGAGAAAACUGAUCCUGAGUCUUGAGCCCUUAAACCACCCCCUCCUCUCCGGUGCUUCCUCCUUCUCUAAACAUGCUACAGUGCUAAUCUCUAACAUCAGAGAUGGAUUCACCAACAUUGGCAAAGACGCUCCAGAUUCCCUUUUGGCUGUCCUAUGGACCAAUCUUGUCCGUUAUGUCAACCUAACUAUAGAGUCUGUAGGCAGUAAGAAGGACCGUCAGGGCUGUGAAGUACUCACACUGAUGCUUCAGGCUCUGCAGAGCAUCGUCACCUCAGGAGCUCUGCCUGCAGACAGAGUCCUGGUUCUGUUUGAGGCCACGGUGAAAGGUCUUCCCCAGAGAGUUCUUGGCUCUGCCUCCUACCAGGUUGGCAAGAUGGAUGUGCUCAAUGGAACACCAGCUCUUUUUCUCAUCCUUCUACUCUACAACAGCAGCAUGCUCUCGGCCUACAUAGAGGACGAAAGGUUUUUUCAGUGCCUUCAAACACUGGUGGGCUGUGGCUUGUCAGGCCCCACUUCCCCUUUAGCGUUUGCGGAGGCGGUGCUCGGUGCCAUCAGAGGCAGUGCAGGCUCUCUGCAGAACAAGGAGCAGCUGUGGAGGAUGUGGAGCGUGAUGGUCAGCCCGCUCACAGACACCAUCACACAGUCUAAUGAAGUCAACCAAGGUGAUGCUCUGGAGCACAACUUCAGUGCCAUGCACUCUGCCCUGCUGUUCCCCAUUACACACCUACUUCAUGGCACACCACUACAGCAGGCGGCCCAGAAGUCAAUGCUGUCCACGUGGUCGAAGCUGUACAAGGUGUUUGCCCGCUGCUCGGCGCUGGUGGUCACAGCUGAGGAGAACAUCUGCUGCGAGGAGCUCUGUGCAAAGAUGACUGCUUCCAUAGACAAGGAUGCCUUAAUGCUUCCUUCAACAUUACAUGCUGUCGCCAGUAUCCUCCAAGUCAUGGUCGAGUGUGUGGACUUCUCGCCGUACACACCUCAGUUUCAGCAAAAGCUGAAGUCUCCUCACACACCUGUGAACUGGAUGAAAAAGAGGAACAAGGCCCUUGGGAAUCUCACCACGUUCCAGUCCCUGCUAGUCCAGUGUCUGGAGGUUUAUCUGGAGGGCCCUGAAGAUGCUUCCUCCGAGGCCACGGGAGUUGCCCUGGUCUCCAUCCUGUCUGCUCUCUUCACCAACCUCACCCUCGCCAAUGCUGUCCAGGAGGCACUCGCUUCUCUGAUUCAGCCUCUCACCCUCUUCUACAAACCAGCAGCAAGCGAGCAGCCUGAACUCACCUCGCAGCUUCUGGCAAAGCUUGAGAAGCUUCUUAGUGAGGUUUUUGGCUGCCUGCAGAGCCGAUCUACUUUGGCCUACAAUGAUGAGCUCCUGGCUCUGCUUUCUCCUCUGCUGUGUGUGUUGUUCCCACACAAGAAUAAGCAGCUCCGCACCUCAGCCACUCAGUUCUGGAAUUCCACCUUCGCCAACUCAGUCAGCCUCACUUACCCCGAAGAGAUCAGACCAAUACUGAGCCUAGUGAAGCAGAAGAUCCCAAUCAUUCUCCCUGGCUUUGAGGUCGUCACUGUUUCUGAUGAGCUCAGUGGGCAAUAUUCUAGUGAGAGUUCUCAGUUGGAGACCAAGCUCAGUGGGAUGCCCAUCUCGUCUGUGGGGAAGAGGGACUCACUGCUGGGAAAGGCUGCUGACCUGAAGGACAAGAGCUCCGCAAAGACCCCCAAACCUGUUUCUACAAAGCUGGACUUUAGCUCUCCCAAGCCUCCCCGCAGAGAGGUGUUGGAGGAGGAGGCCUCCAUCGACUUUGUCUUCAUUCCUCCUGAGACAAAGGAGAGAGUUUUGACAGAGCACCAGAAGGAGGUGAAGAGGACUAAAAGGGUUGACAUCCCAGCCAUGUACAACAACCUUGAUGCUUCUUUGGAUACAACAGUUUUCUCUCAGUACACUCAGAGCCAAGAGGACUCUUUGGACAAACUGCCAACAGAACAAGUUGACAAGGUUACCAAAGAGGCUCCGAGCAAGGUUCCUCAGGAAGAUAUGGAAAAUGAGGAAGACAAUGAAGUUCUAACAAAAGAGACUCAAGACUAUGCCAGCCCAGAAGCAGAUCACGUGACAGAAAACCAUCAGCAGGAAGAGGUGAUUCCAGAGUCAGCAGAUGUUUCCAUGGAGGAUGUUACCAAGAGUGACAAUAGAGCAGAAGAUAAUGAAAUUCAGACUAAAGAAGGCUCAAGUCCUAACAUCUCUGGCUCUUCAGAUUUGGUCUCAGGGACUCCUCAGAAAUCCAACAGUCGCCGUCAGUCCUUUAUCACUCUGGAGAAGUAUGCUGAGGGGAAGCCUGCCAGCCCCAGCAGUGCUUCCAAGUUCACAGGUCCCCUCUUAAAGACCUCCAAUAGCCAAGAACUCUCUAAAAACAACAAGACAUCCUCUUAUCAGUCUUCGCAGACACUCACUGGUCCAGACUCUCAAGAUUCCCAGUCCAGUCAGACAGGAAAAAUAAACUCCCAGUGUCCUGUGAGCAUGCCACUGGAGUCCCCUCGAAGACCUAAAGACUCUGGGAUAAAAAGUGAGCCUGUAAGGCUGACUGAGAGACUGCCCAGUGACACAACAGAGGAUGAAGAUGUUAUCCCAGACACCCAGACCAAAGUGGAGGCCAAGGAGAGUACAAAAAUGGCUUCCACAUCAGAGGAAAUGAAACCAUCAAGUCAGGAAGAAGAAUUGGAUGAUUCUCAAUCGUCUGUGACUCAGACUUCGCCAGGUGAACCCAGACGGUCUGGACGCCAAAGAGUGAGACCUCUGCUGCCUGGAGAGGGCCCUGAGGAACAGGAAGAUAAAUAUGUGCAGUCAAAAAGGAGACGUUCUGGAGAGGAACCUAAAAGUGAUUCUCCAAAGUCAAGUUCAACACAAAGCAGACCAAACACAAGAAGUAAGCAGGCUGCUGAGGAGGACAGUGGCAGAGAGAGGUUACGAACAAGGGCUCAGAGGGACAAGAGUGAGACAGGCCAGACUAAUUCGCAGGGUAGAGCACACAAGAAGAUCAAACUGUAUAGCAGUUCAGAGGAGUUCCUUGAUAAUCCUGAACCCAGAAGGAGAAGCACCAGAGAGCAGUCCAGUAGAGAGUCCAGCCAGACUGACCCAGACUCACAGUCUGAUUAUGAAAGCCAAUCACGGGGUAGGCGCGGUCGGCGAAGCAAAACAUCAUUAGAGACUGGCGUGGAAGGCGGACUGAAGAAAAAAGUUUUGCAUGAGAAAGAGCAGUCUAGCCCAACUGCCACACACAAGCCUGUAGAACACACUGAAAAGGAUAAGGACCUAAAGAGAGACUCUCAGAUGAUCACUCCUUCCCCUCAAACUGACUCUCAGAUGGUCAACCCUUUGCCUCAAACUGUUGACAGAUCUCAGGGGUUUGAGCUUGUAGAACACACAAAAAAGGAUGAUAAUGAGAUUAAGAGAGACUCUCAGAUCAUCACUCCCUCCCCUGAAACAUCCCAAAAGUCUAGCUUGAAGAACAGACCUGAAAAGGAAAAAGAUUCUUCAGUAUUCGCUUCUUCUCCAAUUAACGAGUUUCAAGACAGAACAAACAAGUCAAUGAAUGAAUCAGAGUGCAAAGACGGACACAAGACAAAAGACAGUACUGAUGACAACCUUAGCCAGGAGGACUCUCAAGUGAUCACACCUUUGUCUUCUGAUAGCCAGUCUCUGCGUAGAUCCAGAAGAAGCAAAGCUUCAUCUGAGGCAACAGAGUCUGAAGACACAAGUGACCGUAAGAAUUCAUCAGGAAGGCAGAGUCGGUCUAAUUCUCAGACAACUGGAUCAGUUGUCAGUCAGGCAGAGGUCACAACUGGAGGUAGGACCAGGAGGAGCAAAGCACAAGAAGGGCUGUCAAAAUCAAGUCCUAGCUCAACCCCAGAGAGCUCUGAGUCAUUAGAUUUUGCUGGAUCAGCAGAGUCCUCCCAAAGCAGGGGCAGAUACUCAAGACGAAGGUCUUCUCAACCGUUAAUACCAAAUAUGGAGUCCUCAGAGUCUGAAUCCUCUGAGGUCAGAGAAAAUCUCCCUAUACCCAAAAAGAGAGGGAGGAAACCUCGAGCUUCUCUUCCAAGUCCUCUCACCCUUGACUCUAAAGAAAACAGAAUCAAUAACGAUAUAGAAAAGGACGUUGCUGAUGCCUCUCAAAGAACAGAUAUGCAAAGCAUAGAAGCAAAAAAUGUAACGGAUUUAGAAGAAUCACAGAAAAGCCAAGAUUCGCAGGGUUCUGAAUCACUCCAGGUUACAGGUGACCCUGCAGAGCAAAUAAACAAAGAGUCACCAAUGGAGGUUGAGCCCGUUGCCCCAGAGCAUACUGAGAUUGACGACACAGAGAGGAGCAGUGUGUCACCUCGUGAGAAGAGGCAAAGAGACUCUGAAACAAACAUUGACAAUACUUCUUCACAAGAGAGUAACACUGGGGGUUUGGAAAUGCUUGAGCCAGUUGGGAUCAGUGAUGAACAGAUUCAGGAAAAGUUGUUCAGUGACCCAUCUGCUGUGGACACACCAGCACCUCCUGAGGAGACAACAGAGAAACCUCAGGUCUCAGAGUCUUCAGAGGACAAAGCUGAAGACGUUUCUGAAUCUGAGGACCGUGUUAAAGAAAAUCCUAAAGAUGGUUCUGAUUCAGACCACCAAGAACAUCCAGCUGUUCUGGUGGGUGACAUGGCUCAAGAUGAUACCUCCUCUCCACAGAACCAGGUAGGGUGUCCAAAUGAACUUUCAAAGGAGGAUGAACAGUUUGCCUCAAACCAGCACACAGAAGGCAGCACUGAGGAAGAGAUCACACCUCUACAGGAGAAUGAUGAAGACGGUAAAACCAAGAUUAUGGAGUGUCAGGAUGAAGAGAAAACUCAGCCGCCCAACACUGAGAACAAUGUAGUUGUAAACCUGGAUGCCGCUCUGACUGAUCUUUGUGAUGCUUCAGUGUCUGCAGAAUCUACUAGCAAAGAUGUUUUUCAGGAUUCUCCAGUGAAGCAAAAGGACCUGGGGGCUGUCAUGGGGUCAGAUGUUGGCCAAAGCCCCAGCAGUGGCAGGACUAGAGGAACUUGGUCUCCUUCAGCCUCCCCUUCUACUAGUAUUCUUAAGAAGGGCCAGAAGAGACCACUAGAGGAGGAGACUCCCUCACCUCUUGUCAAAUCCAGACGUGUGUCUUUUGCUGAUCCGAUCCAGCAGCAGGAAACGGCAGAUGACAUUGAUCGUCGCAGCCCUGCUCUGAGAACCAGUUCCCCCAGAAGAUCCAAAGUCUGCAGUAUCCCACAGCCCAAGUAUGUCACCACUCCAACAAAGGGCUUGCUGAUCCUGAGCCCCAGAAAUCUGCGCAGUCCAGGUUACAAGAGCUCCAAGAAAUGCCUGAUUUCUGAAAUGAGCCAAGAGCCUCGACCUGUUUCCAAAGACUGUAUCUAUCCUGCCCUGGUUGGCUGCUCUGCACCUGUAGAAGCUGUGCUACCUCAGAUAUCCUCCAACAUGUGGUCUCGUGGUUUUGGGCAGCUUGUUCGAGCCAGAAACAUCAAAACGGUCGGUGACCUCAGUGCUCUAACUCCCAAUGAAAUCAAGACUCUGCCAAUUCGCUCCCCAAAAAUCUCCAAUGUCAAGAAGGCACUUAAAAAUUAUGAGCAGCAGCGUAAAGGUCGAGGUGGUGACGAGUUGAAGAGUUUUGAUGAAACCGAGAUGAUGACCUCUGAACUGGAGGAGACUAGUGCCCCUCAAAACCAGGAUGAGGAGGAUAAGACCUCAGCCGAGACAUUAGCAACAGAGCUGGUGGAUGAACCUGUUCCUGCAGACGGGAGACCACAGCAGGACAACUAUGGCAAUCAGACACCUGACACGCUGGCAGGAGGAGAACAUCAUCAGCCCGAAGGACGGCUGCUGUCAGAGGUGGAGGCUCUGACCUGCAGGAUGACGCCUCUUGAACUCAGUCGCUGCUCGCCGCAGCAGCUCGUCCAGAUGCACGAUCAGUUAGGAUGCAUGAUGAGGCGCGUGGUUGUAGAGCUGCAAACACGCCUCUGCCAGACGGCAGAUCCUGAGGAGACUACUGCUUCUGCUGGGUCAGACAGCUGUACAGGCUCUAUGAGGCACUAAGAUUGAUCCAUUUCAAGAACAAUCUGUGACUCAGGAUAAAAUGUUCUUUUAUUCACCCAGGCUUUGUGUAAAUGGACGUGUCAAAUCAGCGAAGGAGGAUUUUAUGGCUUUAACUCAGCUUUGGCCUUUCCUCACCUUUGACUCUUCUUGGCUAAAGAUGUUUUCAAUAAAUGCUAGGAGCAGAUUUUUUUCUUCUCUAGCUUGAGCCUUUGGGGAGUUAUGACGAUUUUAAGAAACGCUCAAAGGGAAGCACAGUUACACUUUUUAAGCUGUGUCAAAAGAUGACGAUUUUUAAUAGGUGAAGUCUCAACAAGGAUUUUCCUGUUGUCCUCUGUAGACUUUGUAUUAAGGGACUGAUGUGAGACUACGAAUGUAGGUGAAGAAUAAUAACUCCACAUGCUGUUAACGCUUCCAAUUUUGUACAUAUGAUUUCUCUUAUGUCACUUCAUUCCUCCAUGUUCCUGUUUACAAAAAUGUACGAUAGCACUGACAUGUUUUUUAGUUUUUAAUCCUUUUCUGUCAUCUCACUUUCAUGUCUUGUCGCAUUUUUAAUUAAAUGAAACACACAGUAGAUGGUAGUAGACAAUCUGCACUUCAGUCUUUAAUUGUGAUCUUAAAUUCUUAAAUAAAAGGCAAAAUUGAUAAUGAUUUUUAAAGCGCAAUUACAGUUUUGAGCUUUUUGUUUGACUUUGAGGGACAUUUGGACUUUUUUUGUUAAGACAGGAGUUGAUUGUCUUAAAUAGAAAGGUGUGUUGUAUAAGUGGUAUGUCAUAGAAGAAAGAAGCAAGGAGCUCUACAAUCCAAUUCUUGUUUUUUUUUUUUAAAUACCUGUAUUCUUUGUUUCCCUUCAUUUAACAUGAUUUUCUAGACUCAGACUGUUUGAAGUCAGUACUCUUGGUAGGCUGCUAUAAACUGACUAAAUGAUA